UCCCUCUUCCUGUAAUGGUGUUUCCCUUGCACAUACUUUCUCUGGUCUUUCUCUAAUUUACUCUCAUGUAUUCUUCUUCUGCUUACUAGCUGAGUGAUACAGGUCCUCUGUGAUAUUUUGACAUCUGGAGGUCUUCCUGGGAAGGAGUGUGAGCAUCAGCCAUAUUUAUACUUUGCUGCCGAUGAUCUUGAAUACCAGGCAGGCAGCAUUUUCUUGCGAGCGUCUUGGUAUGGGCGCAUUCAGAAUUGCUCUAGAAAGUGUCUUUAACAGAAUUCACAUGAAGCCUUUGGAGUAUACAUCUUUUGGGAAGCCAAAUCCAUUUGUGUUCCAAGCUGCUGGGGCCAUAUUGAGAAAUAUUCGACUCGCUUGUCAAACUGAAGACCUCUCUGGUGAUAUAGAUGCUAUACAUGCUUUCAGAACUCUGUACAUGAUUGGUGACAAUCCAUUUGUUGACAUAAAAGGUGCACGGCAGGCAGGGCAUCCGUGGUUUUCAAUUUUGACGAGGACUGGUGUUUUCAAGGAAAGAGGAAAUCAUGCAGAAUUUCCUGCUGAUCUAGUGGUCGACACUGUUGAAGAGGCAGUGGAUUUCAUUUUGAAGAGAGAGUCUAGUUAGCAGCAUUGGCAAUUUUGUUUUCUGAAUUGCUGCCAUGUUGCCUUUGCUCAUAGAUGUUUGUGAUUUUCAAGUUGAAGUUUGUUAAAAGUAACUCAAACAGUAAUUUGUAUUCAGGUCUAACAUUAUUUUUACCUAACUUGAACUGCUGUCUUUCUAGGCCCCCUCUCUUCUGAACUCAGUACUGUUGUAGCAUUCAUUUUACACAAUAUUAAAAAAAAAGUUAAAUUGAA